AUGAACGCUCCCACCGGCGAAAUCACCGGCAAAUGUCCCGUGAUGCACACCAAUUUCGGCGUCCGGUCGAACCGCGACUGGUGGCCGAACCAGCUCAACAUCAAGAUUUUGCACCAGAAUUCGGCGCUGACCGACCCGAUGGGCGGCGCGUUCGACUAUGCCGAGGCGUUCGGCGAACUCGAUCUGGACGCGGUCAAGAAGGAUCUGCACGCGCUGAUGACCGACAGCCAGGACUGGUGGCCGGCCGACUACGGCCAUUAUGGCGGCCUGUUCAUCCGCAUGGCGUGGCACAGCGCCGGCACCUACCGCACGGCGGACGGCCGGGGUGGGGCUUCGUCGGGUACGCAGCGUUUCGCGCCGCUCAACUCCUGGCCGGACAACGCCAAUCUGGACAAGGCGCGGCGCCUUUUGUGGCCGAUCAAGCGCAAAUAUGGCAACGCGAUCUCCUGGGCCGAUCUGAUGAUCCUCGCCGGCAAUGUCGCGCUCGAAUCGAUGGGCUUCAAGACGUUCGGCUUUGGCGGCGGCCGCGCCGAUAUCUGGGAGCCGGAAGAGGACAUUUAUUGGGGUUCGGAAACCGAAUGGCUCGGCGAUGAGCGCUACAGCGGCGAGCGCGAUCUGGAAAAUCCGCUCGCAGCAGUUCAGAUGGGCCUGAUCUACGUCAAUCCCGAAGGCCCCAACGGCAAACCCGAUCCGGUCGCCUCGGGCCGCGACAUCCGCGAGACCUUCGCCCGCAUGGCGAUGGACGAUUACGAAACCGUGGCUCUGACCGCCGGCGGACACACGUUCGGCAAGACCCAUGGCGCGGGCGACGCCGCUUUGGUGGGCCCCGAGCCCGAGGGCGCGCCGAUCGAAGCGAUGGGCCUUGGCUGGCUGUCGACCCAUGGCAGCGGCAAGGGCGCCGACACGAUCACCAGCGGCAUCGAGGGUGCCUGGACGCCCAAUCCCACCCAAUGGGACAACGGCUAUUUCGACGUGCUGUUCGGCUAUGAGUGGGAACUGGUCAAGAGCCCGGCGGGCGCCUGGCAAUGGACGCCCAAGGACCUCAAGCCCGAGGACCACGCGCCCGACCCCGAGACCGGCGAGCGCAACCGCAAGAUCAUCAUGACCACCGCCGACAUGGCGAUGCGCAUGGACCCGAUCUACGAGCCGAUUUCCCGUCAUUUCCAUCAGAAUCCGGACGAACUGGCCGAUGCGUUCGCGCGUGCAUGGUUCAAGCUGACCCACCGCGACAUGGGGCCGAAAGCGCGCUAUCUGGGCGCCGAGGUGCCGGCCGAAGACCUGAUCUGGCAGGAUCCGGUGCCGGCGGUCGACCACGCGCUGAUCGACGAUGCCGACAUCGCCGGUCUGAAGGCGAAAAUCCUCGCAUCGGGCCUGUCGGUGGCCGAACUCGUCUCGACGGCCUGGGCCUCGGCCUCGACCUUCCGCGGCUCGGACAAGCGCGGCGGCGCCAAUGGCGCGCGCAUCCGCCUUGCGCCGCAAAAGGACUGGGAAGCCAACGAUCCGGCGCAGCUGGCCAAGGUGCUCGAUAUGCUCGAAGGCAUCCAGCGUGCCUUCAACGACGGCGCCUCGGGCGGCAAGAAGGUCUCGCUUGCCGACCUGAUUGUGCUUGCAGGCUGCGCGGCGAUCGAAAAGGCCGCCAAAGAUGCCGGCCAUGACAUCGCCGUGCCGUUCACACCGGGCCGGACGGAUGCGACCGACGAGCAGACCGACGCCGCCUCGUUCGAUGUGAUGGAGCCGAUUGCCGACGGCUUCCGCAACUACCAGAAGGGCGACUACACGACCUCCGCCGAAGAGAUGCUGAUCGACAGGGCCCAGCUUCUGACGCUGACCGCGCCGGAAAUGACGGUGCUGGUGGGCGGCAUGCGGGCGCUCGGCGCCAAUGCCGGGCAGAGCAGCCAUGGCGUCCUGACCGACCGGCCGGGCACGCUGACCAACGACUUCUUCGUCAAUCUGGUCGAUAUGGGCACCACAUGGUCGCCCGUGUCGGACAAGCAGGACGUGUUCGAGGGCCGCGAUGCGGCAACCGGCGCGGUCAAAUGGACCGGCACGCGUGUCGAUCUGGUGUUCGGCUCCAACUCGCAAUUGCGGGCGUUGGCCGAACUCUAUGCCCAGGACGAUGCGAAGGAAAAGUUCGUCGCCGACUUCGUCGCGGCCUGGACCAAGGUGAUGAACGCGGACCGCUUCGAUCUGGCCUGA